AUGACUGCUAAUCCCCCAGCCCGUUGCUGCACGUAUGUCUCCUAUCCACCGGACCGGUCCACGGAGAAUUCCAUCCUCUUCCUCACCGACGCGAUGGGGCACCGCUUCAUCAAUGCCCAAUUGAUCGCCGAUCAGUUUGCCGCCAAUGGCUACUUCGUUGUCAUGCCGGAGCUCUUUCAUGGUGACCCUAUUCCGAUCAACUACGGGGCCGAGUUCGAUAUCUGGGGCUGGUACGAGAAGCAUCUGCCCCCUCGGGUAGAUCCCAUUGUCGACGCCAUCCUUGGGGAGAUGCGCACCACCCUUGGCUGCAAGCAAAUCGGAGGCGUUGGGUAUUGUUUCGGGGGAAAGUAUGUAUGUCGAUACCUCAAGACUGGCAAGCUGGACGCGGGAUUCAUUGCCCACCCGACCAUGGUGGAGGCGGACGAGGUGGAGGGGAUCGACGAGGAGAUACUAGGUCAACUUGGGUUUCCAUUCCAAAUCAAUUUAUUCUCUGAUGUGGAGCACGGCUUUGCGGUCCGAUGCGACCUGUCGCAGCGCCGGCAGAAGUUCGCCAAAGAAAAGGCAUUUGAGCAGGCUGUGGCGUGGUUUGAUGAGUACGUCAAGGAAUGA